AUGAAAAAAAGAGAGGAUAAGUACCGGAGACCGAUCCAUCCAGACACUUCGCUCUCGUUCGCGUUUGCUCUCUCUCUUCUCGUUGCUGAGCAUGUCUGUUGCCGCUGCUCCUGCCAUCGCCCGCGUGCGCCGCCGUGCGCUGUGCGCUGCUGCCCCGCGCCGUCCGCCGGUCGAACCCGUCCUCCGGCGUGCCGCGCGCCUCGCCGCGCCACCGGACCAGCUCGCGCCGUGCGCCUGCACCGCUGUCGCCGCUGCCGCGCGCCGUCCUGCGCCUGUGAGCCGCCGCGUCGCGCGUUGCCGAACCACCGCCUGCCGGCGCCGCCGCCGUGCUCACUCUCUCUCUCUCUCCGUGUGUGUGCUAACCGAGAGCUAGAAAAGAAUCAAGCACCGGAAAAGAAAGGAAAGGAGAGAGAGAAGAAGAAAGAAGAAAGAAAAAGAAAAGAGCCGGCCGGGAGAGAAGCCAGGAAGAAGGAAGAAAGGAAAAAAAAAAAGAGAGAAAAAGAAAGAGAAAAGGAGAAAAAAAAAAGAAAAAAAGAAAGAAAAAAAAGGGGAAAAGUUGGAAAUUUCGGAUUUUCGUCGGAUUCGUCGUCAUUUUUUUCGAAGGCGAUUUCUCGGUGGUACUAUUUUCGGACGUUCUUGAUCGAAUUUUCUUCAUCGUCGGUAAAGGUAUGUUUAGAUGUUGACGUGCAUUUUGGGGAUGGAUCUUGGUAGCUGCACACACUACCUCAUCACCAUGUUGAUAGCUCAACCGGUGUUAUAAAUGGUGUUUUUGGUGGUCUGUCGUUUGCUUUGUUCAUGUUGUGGUAGACGCUGGUAGCGUCAUAACGGUUUCUAUAUAUGCUGGUUAUAUCUGAUUCUGUCUGCCUGAGAUCUUUCUUUUGGUCAGUUAUACCUCUCUAUAGAGGAAAUGCUGCCAAAAUAUCCUAUUUUCAUAUAAAUAGGCUGAGUUGUAAA